UCAGGUGAUGGGGUUGAGGUUUUGCAACGAGGCGUGUCUACAAGCCCAGCAGCUGUGGCCGGUACCUGAGGAAGAGAGGCAGGAGUUGAAAACUCUCACCCCCCUGCAGGACACGCUGGUCAAGAGGCUGGGGACAGGAGCUGUACCCUUCACCUUCACGGUGUCGUCACUAGCGCCUCCCUCUGUGACUCUCCUCCCAGCCAGAACCUACCUGGGAGCUCCCAUAGGCACUAACUAUGACCUCAGAAUCUUCGUUGGAGAGACUGCAGAAGACAAGCCACACAAAAGAUCUUCCAUCAGGAUGGGAGUGAAGUUGUACCAGCUGUGCACUGGGGAGGAGCGUGCCCUGCCCUACGCAGCUGCCUCCAAGCAGCUGCUGCUGGCGGAGGGGCAGGUGGAACUGGAGGCCACCCUGGACAAGGCUGUCUACGAGAGGGGAGAGGAGGUCACCGUCAGCGUCUCCGUCAGCAACCACUCCUCCAGGAACGUCAGGAGGAUUAAGAUCCUGGUUGUUCAAUACGUGGAUGUGGCAAUGUUCAGCAACGGUAAGUUUAAGAACAUUGUGGCGUCACAGGACUCGACGGAGGGCUGUCCCAUCACGUCAGGGGCGGCCCUGGCCCGCCAGUUCAGCCUGCACCCUGCCAGGGGCGUUAUCAAGAACUGGAUCGCCCUUGAGGAGUUCUACGACAGGGAGAGCGCCCUCGCCUCCACCGUCUCGCGCCUCGACGCCCAGGAGAGGAAUGUCUUCGCUAUCUACGUCAGUUAUUACGUUAAGGUAAAGCUCUUCACCAGCGCCAUAGGUGGCGAGGUGAGCGUCAAGGUUCCCUUCAAACUUAUGCGUCGUAGUACAGUGGAUGACGCAGAGACGAAUACGUCACCUGUGUCUGAGACAGUUCCAGAGUGCAGCGGGGUAGCCGCUUUGCUUCCCAGCCAUGAGGCUAAGCCGCUCCCCCAGCCCAUGACAGACCCCCAGCCCGUGGCAGACCCUCAGCCCAUGGCAGACCCCCAGCCCGUGGCAGACCCUCAGCCCAUGGCAGACCUCCAGCCCAUGGCAGACUCCCAGCAGGAAGCAGGGGGUGACCCAGCGCCCCCUCAAGACGAGGUUGGGGGAGCUGUGGAGAUCGACAAGGCAGCAGCAACCGUUGGGGUGCCGAUCACUACGUCCCAGUCCAUGUUUGACCUGACCUCCGGGGACCCCCGCCGCGGCUUGCUCAAGACCAGAAGGUCACCGCCUUCUAGGUCUACUAGUGAGGACUCAGGCAGGAACCACGAAGCUAAGGGCGCCACCGCCGCCGCAGGCUCCGCGGCGGAUCAGGGAUCACCAGCAGGUCAGAGCUCUUCGGCAGGUCAGAGCUCUUCGGCAAGUCAGAGCUCCUCGGCAGGUCAGAGUUCUUCGGCAGGUCAGAGCACCUCGGCAGACCAGCAGGACUCGGCGGCAGGCCAUAGCUGCGUGGACACAGAACGCUUCACAACCACGGUGCAGAUCGAAGACCAGAGCCGUGGCCGUCUCGUGGACUACGCUUGCUGAGGCAGGGAAUCCGGGAGAGAUGAUCUCCUCGGAGUCUCUCCCGACCAAGACUCAGAAGAGAUAGCAAAAUAAAAGCUAUAAUCCGACUCGUGGGAUCAACACACAUACACACACACACAUACACACACACACACACACACACACGAUCUGAGUGUGUGUGCGUGAGUGUGUGUAUAUGUGUGUAUGUGAAGAACACUGUCAGAAAAUUAAUCUUGAUAACAUUCGGAAGAAACAAUAAAGUUCUAUUAAAUGGAACAAUUUUCACGAAGGUUCAUGAAAGAAGGUUCAUGAAGGUUCAUGGAACCUCACAAGGACGAAAAGAAAAACACUUACGAGCAAAGGUGUGUGUUUAGAAAUAAAUUGAAAUAAUCAUGUAAGAAGAACUUAUCACUUGAAGUCAGUAUAGUGGUCUCCUGGGAAGGUCUGUUGACCAGUGGGUCAGUGUACUGGUCUCCUGGGAAGGUCUGAUGACCAGUGGGUUAGCCUAAGUGGUCUCCUGGGAAGAUCUGUUGACCAGUGGGUCAGUGUACUGGUCUCCUGGGAAGGUCUGUUGACCAGUGGGUCAGUGUACUGGUCUCCUGGGAAGGUCUAUUGACCAGUGGGUCAGCCUAGUGGUCUCCUGGGAAGGUCUGUUGACCAGUGGGUCAGCCUAGUGGUCUCCUGGGAAGGUCUGUUGACCAGUGUGUCAGCGUAGUGGUCUCCUGGGGAGGUCUACUGACCAAACAGAGCAAAUAUUAUUGUGUGCUGUCUCUCUCUCGUUCGAGAGAUUCAUUAUCAGAGAAAAUAUAGUAUUGUAAUAAUCACAAUUACCUUUGAGCCUACCUUCCUACCACUGUCAUCAUCAAUCAUCAAUCACCAUCAUCAGUCACCAUCAUCAAGCACCAUCACAACAUUUUCACUCAUUGGCAGAACGUCCACAGUUCAGACACAUUCCCCAUCAUAUUCAGAACAUAAAACAAAAUACACGAGGGAAAAAAAAGCACUCAAAAGCAUUUCCAAACAAUUAGAAGCGAGCACUUGUGAACACUGGCAGAGUUGUCGAGGCCAAAAUUACUUUGAUCGCCUCCGUCGGGCGAAUAGAGAGGAAUGUGCGUGUAUAUAGUCAGCAGAUUGCUGAUCAGUUUACAUAUCAUUCUCGCAGUCCUUCAUUAUGACCGGCCCCCCCCAUCACUCCAUCAUCCUCACCCCACUCCGUUACACCAUCAACCUCACCCCCUCCAUUACUUCCCUCUCUCCAACACAGGUAAUGUCCUUCCACCUCACCUUCGCAAAAAGAGAAAAAAUAUGACUUUUUGCCCCAUAUCUUGCUCGCCUAUUUAUUUUCGAAUUCCCCAGUGGGUGUAGAAAGUGAUAACCUGCUCCAGCAAUCAAGUCGAUAUACCGUGAAGAAAACCCGCAACACAACCAU